GUGAAAGCAUCUUGGAUUUAAACUUGUUGGAGCUUGUUAAGAAGUGUUUGAAGUUUCAGCAGUGGCGCGACGCCACUGAUCUCUAUAUAAUGUAGAUUUCAUCUCCACCGUGUAGAGCGUCUCGUCGUGCGUGGGUCCUAUCCACACUCUUCAAAGGUCAGCGUUAAUGAUAUUCACAGACAGACCAGUGGCUCAGCAAGACGGGAUCAUGGCCUCCUCAGCACUGAAUUGCACACAUUUUAUGUUGUGUUUUAUUUAUUGUUCGUUACUUUUUGGUAAUAUAUUUUGCGAUGCUGAUGCUGAAGAAGAUGAACAUGCCAAACAUACGUAUACAGUGGAUAUGUUCAACGAUGCUGUCCCAACCGCUCCCCACUUUGUCAUGUUCUUCGCCCCUUGGUGUGGUCACUGUCAGAGGCUACAGGGGACAUGGAACGAAAUGGGGGACAAAUACAACAACAUGGAGUCGCCGCCCGCCUACAUCGUAAAGGUUGACUGCACUCAGGAUGUUAAGUUCUGCUCCAAUGUCCACGGCAUCAGGGGCUACCCCACGCUGAAGCUGUUCAAACCUGAGCAGGAGGCUGUGAAGUACCAAGGCCCCAGGGACCUGCAGUCUCUGGAGACCUGGAUGCUCAACACAUUGCAGGACGAGCCUGUGGAGCCAGAGACUGAACUGGAGCCUCCCAAAGCCCCAGAGCCCAAGCAGGGCCUGUUUGAUCUCACUGCCGGCAACUUCAAGGCCCACAUCGCUAAAGGGUCCCACUUUGUCAAGUUCUUUGCUCCCUGGUGCGGUCACUGCAAGGCCUUGGCCCCGACCUGGGAGCAGCUUGCCACCAGCUUCGAGUACUCAGACAACAUCAAGAUCAGCAAGGUGGACUGUACCCAGCACUAUGACGUGUGCUCUGAGAACGCUGUGCGUGGCUACCCCACACUGCUCUUCUUCAAGGACGGAGAGAAGGCAGACCAGUACAAGGGCAAGCGGGACCUGGACUCACUGAAGGACUUUGUGGACAACCAGGUCAAGGCUGCUGCUGUUAAGGAGGAUGAUGAACACCCACAUGCCAACGAGAUCCCAGUACCCAGCGACGAGCCCGCCAAAGAGGAGUCUGGCGUAGUUACACUCACAGAGGCUAACUUUGAGGAGACGGUGGCCAAGGGGCUGGUAUUCAUUAAGUUCUAUGCCCCAUGGUGUGGCCACUGUAAGAGUCUGGCACCUACCUGGGAGGACCUGUCUCAGAAGGAGUUCCCUGGCCUGACUGAUGUCAAGAUUGGCAAAGUGGACUGCACAGUGGAGAGGACAAUCUGCAACAGGUUUUCAGUGAGUGGGUACCCCACCCUGCUGAUGUUCAGAGCGGGUGUGCAAGGUGAGGAGCAUCAUGGAGGGCGCGACUUGGAGAGCCUGCACGGCUUUGUGAUGAAGCAGGCCCGAGACGAGCUGUAGCACUAUCCAAUCAACAUCCGUCGAUACUUCUUUCCUCCCUCACACAGCGUAUCUGGCCAAUGAGAGGAAUCCUCUCUCCCAUAGAGGCUAGCUCUCUUCUCUCUCUGAUUGUUUUCCUUUCAGAAAGCAGUAGAAUCAAGACACUUAAAAAAUUAACUAAAUAAAAACACUCUGUAAUGCCUUGUUUACCCCCCUUUGUUUCUGUUCUAAUCCAAUAGUUUGUGUGACUGUAUUCGUUUGGGCUGCCUAGUUCCUCUGUUCUUCUGGAAAUGAAAUGAUGUGAUCGACAACCACUUUUUGCCAGCGGUACAUAAUCAGUCAGACCUUGACAAACCGUUAGUCAUCCACAACGCUUGACACAACUCAAAGGACGGUCGUCGUAUAUUGGUGCCUGCCGGUUGUAUCAAAAAAAUGUUGGAUUAACCUGACUGAGUUUGUCUGAAAUUUCAAAAACAUUAUUUUUGGUUAUUUUUUUUAAUAUAUUUUUUUAAGGAAAUCAUGCUGAUAAAUCACGAGCCACUAAUGUAAUGGUACUGCAGCAAAGAGGUCAGAGCCGUGUGACGUUGAGCGUUAAGUUGACGGUACUUCUCAUCCCAUGCCAGCAACGGCCUAACUAACUUAACUCUCAGGGACACCCAGUUCUCGACCUACUCCAUACUAUCUCUUUAUCAACUAUAUUUGUAUCCCACUUGUGUUUUUGUAGAGUCCCCCCCCCCCCAACUGCUUGUUGGCUAUGUCGGGGAAGGCUGCGGGAAGCUACUUUUCAGUGUUUCGUGUCAAACUGCCCUUUUUGUGUGUUCCUCUGACAUCAUAAAUGUGCUACAAAAAGUCUGAAUGUAGACCUAUAUAUAUUUUUUAUAUAUGUAUGUAUAUGUUUGUGCUGUGAGGCUUCAGUUCGGUCCCGACUGCGGCCCAAUAUCAGGUGCCGUGUUGGUGUUACCAACGUUUUUAUGAACAAUGAUUGUGAUCGUCAGUUCGUACACUCAAGUCAGGCCUUUUUGAAUGGAUGGAAUGGACUCGGCCAGUUUGGGUCAUUACAGGACAGCUCUAUUUGUCAUUAACUCCAUGUUUGACACAAAGUCCCUCAAAUGGUUUGCAAGGGAUUGUGUCAAAUGUACAAAAAAAUAUAUACAUAUAUAUUUUAAAAAUGGGUUUUCUACAGCUAGUUCAUUAGAAUGGAACAUGUCUUUGUGUAAAUGCAAUAUAUUUCACAAAGCUCAUUUUAAUAUUCUGUUCUAUUGACUAAGCGUCUAUCAGGCCCCAGUGUGAAACAUUUUUCCCAGUGAAGCACAAGAACGCCACAACAUCAGUGCUAUGGUCACUUUUACUUUGGGUGUAUCGACCUUUGUAAAAAAAAAAAUCUGGAAUGUUUGGUUUACCUCGUAUGCUUGGAAGAGCAAAAACAGAAUAACAAAAAAAAUAGAUUUUCCACCCACAUAAUGAUCAAUUAUAUUUUACUUGUUUAGUCAGUAAGAUAUGAUGACAAUGUUGAUUUUCCUUCUUUCCAGAUGUAGACUAAGUCUUUGAAUAUGUGUGUGUGCGCUAUUCUGGGGCUUUUGGGGGGGGGGGGGGGGGAAUCAAAAGAUUGUAUGUUCAUGGAGUUGUUGUAUGAGGCAGGUUUUACAUUCAAUGCUCAAUUAAGGGAAACAAAUGCAUUCAGAGGUUAACCACAUAUUGUUAGUACAAUCUUUAUGGAUAGCACAUGGUCUAGGCAGACUCCAGUGAAGGAAAGCGGUGGGGGGGGGGUUUCUUCUCGUGAGUGGGUUGUACACUGCCCAUGAAUUUUGUAAACAAAAAGCAAGUUGUAACAUGAGAUUUUGUAAUAAAAUGUCUUUUUCCAAAAA